AUUUUCAGCUUCCGUUCUCCUUUUGCCUUUGGUCUGCGGUUUUUUCUUUUUUUCUUCUUCUUCACACGUGAAUGUUUGGUUUGUGGACUAUUUUGAUUAAUAAUAGUUAGUAAUUGAAUUAUAAAUAUGUUGUCUAAAUCUAUAUUUGUCUUAUUUUAUAGAAUCAUGUCGUCUGAAGGACAAGGAUCUACUAGACCGCCAACAUCAAAACCGGGCGGUAAAGAUCCAUGUUGGCUAUAUGGGGAGAGAGUUGGUUCUGAUACAAGUAAAGUUAAAUGCAAAUAUUACACUCAAAUUCUUAAUGGUGGGAUUAGCCGAUUCAAACAACACCUAGCAGGAAAGAGGGGAAAUUGUGCGCCGUGUGUGAAAGUACCUGAUGAUGUUAAGGCAAAAGUUUCUAAAAUUUUAGAUAAUGCAAAGAAGAGUAGGGAUGAGAAGGAGAUGAAGAUGCAUAACUUGUUGAGUGAGGUGCAUAUUGGGGAGGAUGAGGAGGAUAACUCCAUCUCAUUAAGUAGUCAAAGAAGCUCGUCAUCCUCCCACAAGGUAAUUGGACCAAUGGACUCCUUCGCUGCUCGUUCUCCCGAGGAGAUUGCCCAAAUAGUAGCAAAGGGGAAACAACCAAUGAUGGACUCCAAACUUAAGAAGAAGAAAAGGGAAGAUGUAUUGCGAUACGUCUCUAAAUGGUUCUAUGAAGCCGGCAUUCCAUUUCAUACCGCCACGCUUCCCUCUUUCCAUCAAAUGCUACAAGCUAUUGGCUUGUUUGGAAGUCAUUUACAAGCUCCAUUGAUGUAUGAACUGAGUGAGACAUGUUUGCAAAAAGAAGUGGAUGAGACAAAAGAAAUUGUUGAAAACUUUAAAAGGACUUGUGUUGUCAAUGGUUGCUCGAUAAUGACCGAUGCAUGGAGUGAUCGGAAGUCUAGAAGCAUCAUGAACAUAGUUGUGCAUUCUGCUGGGAGAGCUUGUUUUUUAUCUUCACAUGAUGCAUCGGCCGAUAAGCACGAUGCUAAGUAUAUCUUUGAUUUUGUAGACAAGGCUAUUGAUCAGAUAGGGGAGGCAAAUGUGAUACAGAUAGUCACUGAUGGAGCUUCAAACAAUAUGGCAGCUUCUAAGUUAUUGCUUGAGAAGAGGCCAAAUAUAUUUUGGACGACUUGUGCUGCACACACGGUGAACUUGAUGUUGUGUGAUAUAGCAAAGAUAAAACCCAUUCGUAAUGCCAUUUUAAUGGGGAGGAGUGUAUCAGUGUUCAUAUAUAAUCACACCAAGCCUCUUCAACUAUUUAGGGAGUUCACUAAGGGUGAUCUUGUGAGACCGGGAGUUACGAGAUUUGCUACGGCGUUCCUUUCUCUACAAUCAUUAAGAGAUCAUAAGAAAGAGAUGAGACAAAUGUUUAUCUCUGACAAAUGGACAGAUUGUAGCCUUUCAAGAACACCAGUGGGUAAAAAUGUUGCGGAGAUUAUUGCUAGCAACAAGUUUUGGGAUAAUAUAGACUUUGCUCUCAAAGUAUUCACUCCUCUAGUGAAGGUUCUUCGAAGAGCGGAUGGUGAUAAAAUCGGUUCGAUGGGAUUUAUAUAUGGGGAUAUGUUGGUUGCUAAGGAGGAGUUGAAAGUGGCCCUUGGGGAUGAUGAGAAGAAGUACAAUCCUAUAUUGGAAAUGAUUAAGCCGAGAUUUAAGAAGAAUCUUUGUGAAACGCUACAUAAAGCGGGUUAUUUUUUGAAUCCUUUUUACUAUUAUCCGGCUUACACGGAAAUUGAAAAUGAUGGAAGCUUCAUGAAUGCCAUAGUGAAGUGUAUGCAUAGACUCUUUCCUUUUUUGAAUUUAUAA